AUGCUAGCAGGUGGCCCGGUGUAUCUUGGUACUAAUGGCGAUGAUCAACAACAUUUAUCACGCUGUUCGGAUCAUAAAGAGCAAGCAAUGCCAAAUUUUCCUGAAAAUAUCGAAUAUAAGUUGCAUGUGACUGGAUUACGUGAGAAACGUCUAUGGAUUUUGCUAAUAUGCUUGAUGUUACUUACAAUUAUUACAACUGUCAUAUUAAUAUUAAAUAUCUUCAUAAUUCGAGUUUUGAAUAUGUCAACAAGGGGUAUGAGGCAUUUACAUUUUCACAGUCGACAUCAUCCAAAAACUGGUGUAGAAGAGACAGUUAUACAAUUUUCUGCUGAUAAAAUACAUCUUGGAAAAGUAAUCGCAAAAAGUGGUACAGUUUAUGGUAGAGAUGGAAAAGAUUUGAUAAUUGUUGGUUCAAGAGUUGUAAUAACUGAUAAAGCAGCUGGUCACAAUCGUUUGGUACUGCAAGAUGGUAUUUGUCGUUUUGAGAAUAACAAUCAAUUUAUUAUAAGAAAUGCGAUUCGACCGUACUUCAGUGCUCAACAUCCGCUUUUUCGUGUGGACAACAGAAUCAAGAAAAUAUCUACAUCUCAUAUCAUCACUGACAAGAUCCGUUCGCCAAUUAAUGAUAAUUUGCUAGUAAACGUUGAUAAUCUAAGCUUGCGUGGCAACGAAAAAGUGAUUUUAGAAGCAAAACGAAUGAAUUUCACUGCUGAAAUGGAUAUUCUUCUGCAAACUUCGCCUGAUGGAUCUAUAAAUUUUCAUACGAAUAAAUUUUUUAUUGGAAAUACUCUGAAAACUUUACCUAUAAGUUCUUCGCCAUCACUGACCGCUUCCAUUGAUGCCUUAAGAAUUUGCGUGUGCACUGCAUCAAAGCCUAUAUUAUUUUUUGUGGCUGGUAACAAACCAUGCCGUGCUCCAAAUGGAUUUUGCGUGUGA